UCUUCCUUUGACUCAGUGGAGGACUGGGAGGGAGUCAGUCAGAGUUCAAGGAAGUUCAAAUUCUGCCUCCCUCAAACAUUCACCGUAUCUACUCACGUGUUUGUCCUUUCUGUAUCUUUAAGGCCUUCAAAGCUUGACCACAGAUAGAAUUGUCCUGUUCUCUCAAUGAUAUGUGACCCAUCAGGUCCCUAAAAGUGGCCAUCCGGGGCUCAGAAACUCCUCAGUCAUUCAGGGUCUCUGUCUGCAAAGGUCUGGACCUCUGGCUCUAUUCCCUGCCCAGCCACAAGCCUGCUGGCCUUUUUUGUCUCACCUACCCUGGCUUUUAGCAUCUCCACCUGCAGCCACCGUCGAUUGCUGAAGCAGUGGGCAGCAAGCAGCUGUGCUGCCCAUGGAAGCGCUGCGGCCUGGCUGAUGAAGUUGGUACACACACCAUGUCAUCAUGUGUCUCUAGCCAGCCCACCAGCGACCGGGUGGCCCCCCAGGAUGAGCUGGGAAGUCGGGGUGGCAGCCAGGAAAGCCAGAAGCCCUGCGAGGCCCUUCGAGGACUCUCAUCCUUAAGCAUCCACUUGGGCAUGGAAUCCUUCAUUGUGGUCACCGAGUGUGAGUCAGGCCAGGGUGUGGACCUCAGCCUGGCCCAGGACCAGCCUCUGGAGGCUGAUGACCAGGAACUGCCUCUUGAUGCCUCAGAAUCUGAGGCACAGCCUCUACUUUCUGGUCGCAAGAUGUCCCUGCAGGAGCGAUCCCAGGGUGGGCCAGCAUCUGGCAGCAGCCUGGACAUGAAUGGACGCUGCGUCUGCCCAUCCCUGUCCUACUCGCCAUCCAGCUCCCCACAGUCCUCCCCCCGGGUGCCUCGGCGGCCCACAGUGGAGUCGCACCAUGUCUCCAUCACAGGUUUGCAGGACUGUGUGCAGCUGAAUCAGUAUACGCUGAAGGAUGAAAUUGGAAAGGGCUCCUAUGGUGUGGUCAAGCUGGCCUACAACGAAAAUGACAACACUUACUACGCGAUGAAAGUGCUGUCCAAAAAGAAGCUGAUCCGACAGGCUGGUUUUCCACGUCGCCCCCCACCCAGAGGGACUCGCCCAGCUCCAGGGGGCUGCAUCCAGCCCAGGGGCCCCAUCGAGCAGGUGUACCAGGAAAUUGCCAUCCUCAAGAAGCUGGACCACCCCAAUGUGGUGAAGCUGGUGGAGGUCCUGGAUGACCCCAAUGAGGACCAUUUGUAUAUGGUGUUUGAAUUGGUCAACCAAGGGCCUGUGAUGGAAGUGCCCACCCUGAAGCCACUAUCUGAAGACCAGGCCCGAUUCUACUUCCAGGAUCUGAUCAAAGGCAUUGAGUAUUUACACUACCAGAAGAUCAUCCACCGGGACAUCAAACCUUCCAACCUCCUGGUGGGAGAAGAUGGGCACAUUAAGAUAGCCGACUUUGGUGUGAGCAAUGAGUUCAAGGGCAGCGAUGCCUUGCUCUCUAACACUGUGGGCACACCUGCCUUCAUGGCACCUGAGUCGCUCUCAGAGACCCGCAAGAUCUUCUCUGGGAAGGCCUUGGAUGUUUGGGCCAUGGGUGUGACACUGUACUGCUUUGUCUUUGGCCAGUGCCCUUUCAUGGAUGAGCGAAUCAUGUGUUUGCACAGUAAAAUCAAGAGCCAGGCCUUGGAGUUUCCAGACCAGCCUGAUAUAGCCGAAGACUUGAAAGAUCUGAUCACCCGAAUGCUGGACAAGAACCCAGAGUCCAGGAUUGUGGUGCCGGAAAUCAAGCUGCAUCCUUGGGUCACGAGGCACGGGGCCGAGCCAUUGCCAUCGGAGGACGAGAACUGCACACUGGUCGAGGUGACCGAAGAGGAGGUCGAGAACUCAGUCAAACACAUUCCCAGCCUGGCGACUGUGAUUCUAGUGAAGACCAUGAUUCGGAAACGCUCUUUUGGGAACCCGUUUGAGGGCAGCCGGCGGGAGGAACGUUCCUUGUCAGCACCCGGGAACCUGCUUAUCAAAAAGCCAACCAGGGAAUGGGAGCCCUUGUCUGAGCCCAAGGAAACAAGGCAGCGAAGACAGCCUCCGGGGCCCCGAGCCAGCCCCCGUGGGGGAGGAGGAAGUGCUCUUGUGAAAGGUGGUCCCUUCGUGGAAAGUUGGGGAGCUCCGGCCCCCGGCUCCCCACCACUCAUGCCUCCACUGCAGCCUGAGGAGGCGAUGGAGCCGGAAUAACUGCCUGGACCACCCGACCUCGCAUGCCUGGCUGUGUGGCCCUGCACGGGGCUGCUGCACCCUGCCCUGCGUUUCCAUAGCAGCAUGUCCUACGGAAACCAAGCACGUGUGUGGAGCCUUGAUGGUCAUCUCUGGUUAUCUGGGGUUUUGUUUGUUGUUUUUGGUGUGUGUGUAUGUGGUUUUUCUUUUUUUCCUUUGUUGUCUAAGGGGACAAAGAAAAAAAAAAAGGACUUGACUCCAUGACGUCGACUUUGGCUGCUGGCUGGCCGGACCGGUGGGUGUGAGGAGUUGCAAACCCAGACCAACAUGCAUUUUGGGACAAUUGCUUUUGAAAACAUUUUUAUGCCAAAAACAAAAAACAACAACAACAAAAAAACCCAACAAACAAAACACCUUCAUUGUGAAUUCAGAAUUGUGUCAGGUGUACCAAGUGAGUGUGUGUGGAGAGUCAAAUGGGCGAACUGCUGGCUGGGGUUACACUUGAGAGGGAGUGGAAGGCUCAGUACGACCCAUAUAAACCUGAAGCCGGGGCACCUUCCAGAACCGUGGAAGAACAGGGCUAGCCCUCAGUGGCUGCAGGGAACUUGGAUGUAAUUUAUUUGUAAUGAGGACUUUUUAAGUGUUUUUUUUUUUUUUUUUUUUUUUUAAUGGGUGAAUUUUUUGUCAGGAAAACUAAAAGGGCUUGCAGUUGAAAUGCUUGAGGGGCGUUUAGCCACUCGGGAAGGGCAUUCAGCAGCUGUAGUGGCAAAGGUUUGUCUGGAGAAUGGAACGCACUUCUUCCUGUUAGCUGUGGGUUUCUGAGACUGCAUCAGCUAAGCAGUUCUCCUUGUAAAUUGGCAAAAACUUCAGGGUGAAAGCCUCCAUAUGAUUUCAUGUACAUUACGCGGCUGAAGACUCAACAGAUGUGCCCAAGUCCCUCGCUAGCCUGGAUUCUGAAGAAAUUCAGAAGUUACAUACUGGAGCUUCCAGGAGCUGUGUCUCAGCUUCCAUCCUGCAAUUGUGCGGUGGGGCCUGAGCGCUGACGAAACCUGUGCCUGUAUAUUAGCAGCUUUGCUUGUUUGUUACCUGUGCAUUCUAGAGACGGUAAGGCUUCUUUCCUCUUAAGUACUGUCUGGUUGAUGUCGUCAGUGAAACAUCACUUUCCUGUGGGGGGCACCGUCACUCAGUUUAGGCACAAAUGGCGAUCCUUAGGAUUGAGGCUUCAGAGUGAACUACACAGUGACAUCAGGGUGCCAUUGUAGACAUUCCUCAGGGCAAAGGACCUUUUUACUUUAUUUUGUUUUUUGUAGCCAGGGGCCUAGAGAGCAAAUGUGGACCUUUUUGACUCCCAGCCAAUACUGGAAGUUUGGUAGAGGUUUAGGUGUGAGUGUCAAGGGCCAUAGAGGAAAGCAUGAAAUUUAAGGGGCUUCCAGACUCUGUUUCCAGUGCUUUGGAGUGAUCUGUAAUGACUGUCUUGUCAGUAUUGGGACUCAGAAGACUGUUUCCUGCUAGUCUCUGUCUGGUGAGCCUCUGUGCAGGGUCUUCCUGCAGAGGCAGGAAUGAGGCCCAUUCCCCUCUGCCUGGCCAUAUGCAGUCUAGAUGUUCCUGGCUUCCAUAGGCUCUUAAGCUCUUGACUGUAGUUUUGCCAGACUUUUCUUGCUGUCACAUAGCUAAUUAGGAUUAGGGCAAAGACUCUAAUGUGUGAGGGGGUCCUCUCACCUGCUUGCAUUGUCUUUGUGACAGAGGACUUCCUGUCACUGUCCUUCUUUUAAGUUUAAGGAGAAAUAACCCAGUAGUUCUAGCCCUUCUGGCCACAGAUGUGGUUCGGCUUGUUUGCAAUAAGCACCUUGAGGUAGGUAAAGCUAACAGGUCCUGAGGCUCAGUCCCAGUCUGUCUGUCUGUCUGGACUCGGCUUGGCCCAGAAGCCCACCUGAGGAGGGCAGGCAUUGUGCAGAGCUCUGCAGAACUCUUGUGUUUACACAACCCUACUGGGCAAUGCCCUUUAUCCCUGCCCCAGAAAUUUCCAUCCAAGAUGUCUGAGGUAGAUUGCCAGCUAUCAGGCAGCAUCCAGGGUUGAGAGGUCCACGUGAGUAACUUUCUUCUUAAACAAUGAAACACCAAAGAAAGCUGUGGAAAGGAGUGACCCCCCUCUCUCCCAUCCUGCCCAGCUGCCAUGGAAAGUUUAAGUGGUCUGGCCAUGACUAGAGCAUUAGAGCACAACACUGUUUUCCAAAGCCAGAAUCGUUGUCAGCAAGGUACCUCGGCAUCUUUUCUGUGUGGGCAGAUAGGAUGCCCAUAGUUCCUUCUGUGCUGGUUCACCCAUGAUUAAUGGACAGGCAAACUUGGUCUGCACCUACGGCCUUGAAGAAAGCACAAGUCCACCCCCUUUUUUCUGUCUUUUCUGCCUCCCCCAUACAUUUCACAGGCUACCAAUGGCCCCCAGACACCUUACAGAGCCCCUUGUCACUUUGGGCUACAGAGGUCACCUCCCUACUGGUCUGGCCUUUCCAUGGCACAGAGCUCUUGUCCAGGGACUGUCCUAGAAUUAGGGGAACGUCUGUACAAGUUAGACACUGGGUUAGGCCCGUAGCCCUUGCCUUCUUCCUGAGGGUGUACUUUACAUUACAUUACCAAUGCAGAACCAGAGCCUCCAUUUGCUCCCAAGGUGCUAGGGAAGAGUGCUGGUUCCCUCUUCUCCAGCCUCAUGGGCCGAGCUUCGUGGAACUUUGGACUUUUCUAUUUGGUGACCAAUGCCCUCUGCUUCUGUUUUAUUGCCCCUGAUCUUCUCUACUAUGCAUUUUCCUUUUACCAGGUGUACAGAGUUAAAUACUGUGUAUUUAUCACUUACAAGUACAUGAACUGAAGAGAAAAGAUAAGCUUGCGGUUGUUUUCCCACAGGUGAUUAAGCUUCUCUGUAAACUUGAAAUAAACUGACAGCAAAAUGGUGCAAAGCCCGGA